AUGAUAAAGCUAAGCUAAUCUAAAAAUAGCGUUCAUAAUAAUAGCAAUGAUCACAUAAUAGAAAAUAAGCUUAAAGGAAAAGAAGAGAUUUUCAUAUUAAAUCCUCCUAAAGCCUAUUUGGGAGGAAAUUAACCUCAUAAAGUUUUUGUAAAUAUAAAGUAAUUUUCAUAUGAAGAAAAGCAAAAUUUGCAUUCUUAAGAAAGACCGUCUGUAAUGGUUGUAAAUCCUACAACAAUUACCUUCAACAAUAUCAAUAUUGAUCCAAAAAAAAAGAAAAUUGUUCAGAAAGAAAAGAGUUAUUCCUUUGAUUUAGUUUAAGGAGAGGAAGUAAAUAAUCAAAUGUUUCACAAAAAAGCGAUUAGCCAAAUUGUAUAAAAAUUUUGUGCUGGAGUAAAUCAAUCUAUCUUAGUUAUUGGAGGAGAGGGAUCAGGAAAAACACAAACAUUGGUUGGAGGUAUGAGAGAUCCUGGACUUUUUAUUUUAUCUUUAGAAGAAAUAUUUGAAAUCCUUUAUCAAAGUCCAGAUAGAGAAAACACAACUUUAAAAAUGAGUAUGUACUAUAAUCAUGAUGCUUAUUUUUAUGAUCUUUUAGUUAACUCUUAAUUUCCUCAUAAACUCUAUGAGAAAGAAAAUGGUGAGGUUUUUCCUUUGGGAAUUAGCGAAGUCAUUGUCACAAGCUUAAGAACAUCUCUAAAGAUUUUAAAAAUAGGACUUGAUAAUAUUGAAAACAGUGAAGAAAUAAAAAAGUAAGGAAACAUAGUUAUCAAUUUUAAAUGCGAAAAAAGCGAGAACAUUUUGGUCAGCCAAGACACAGUUUAUUCCAAUUUUAAAAUAAUUAAAAUAAGUGAUGGAGCUUAUCAAGAGAUUUUUAAUAACUCAAAAAAUGAAUGCAUGGUAUCAAAUCUCAUGAACUGCUUGAGACAGCUCUCUAAAAUGAGCAAUAAAAAAAAGAAUGCCAUUAUUCCAUUUAGGAAGCAUAUUUUUACUGAGUAUUUAAGAGAAAGUCUUAUAGGGAAUUCACAAACAAGCAUAAUUUGUUGUUUAAGUAAUACCUAAAAGAGGGUUAAUGAUACAUCUAAUGUUUUAAGAUUGGGAAACGCAUGCAAAAAAAUAUUUACAAACCCAAAAGAAACAAAAUACUCCCUUUCUUAGUAGUAGAAUAUUUACAAUGAUAUUUUAGAAAAUAUUGGUAACACUAUUUCAAUUUGGCUGAAAGAGUUUUGGGGAGAAUUAGAGAAAUCGAAGCAUAAAAGAUUGAAAAUAAUUUUCAAAAUAUUGAGAAACCUCGAAAAGUAUUUAUACUCCCUCCUUGAUGGGUUAGAACAAUAAAUUUAAAUUGAUUUGAUAAAAAAUGCUUUAUUUUCAAAGAUUUUAGAUAUGCAUUGCAAAUUUUACUCUGAAAGCAUAACGAGCGAAGAUAUCAAAGAGUUUUUUAUAGCCAAAAUACAAGUAUAUGCUAAGAAGUAGCUAAAUGAUUAAUUCGAAUAAAUAUAUCCAAGCAUCCACUUUGUACUAAAUUAGCUUGAAGAAGGAAAAGAAAAAUUAAUUAAAAAUAAAAAUAAAUUAUUCACCUUUUUCAGACAUUAUUCUGAAGUAAAAAAAGUAACUUAAAAUGGAAACUUAAAAGACAUUUAAAGCCUUGUUCCACCUGAUAUUAAAAUAACUUAACUUCUAUUAACAAAUGUAUAAAGCCUUACGAAUCUUGAUAUUGAAAAAAUGGGUUUUUUACAAAAACUUUUCACUAAACUCCAAGAAAUUUGUGAAAAUUUAAUUGAAAUGAAUUAAUACAUCCCUUAAAAUGUAAGGAUUGACAUAUAAAACUGUUUAAAAGAUUAUAAAUUUCUUGAAAAAACACUUAUAGAUGAAGGUGUUUAUUAAAUAGAGGAAAGUAACAUCAACUCAUCAAGAAUAUCUCAUAGGUUCAACAAUUCUUUAUUCAAGUAAAAUUAAAAAGCCAGAAACAGUACAUUUAAACUGCAGCACGAUGUCUUCUCUCGUUCGAGAGUAAAUUCUCAAUAAAGUGAGCACAGUAUAAGCAGAUAAAAUUCUUAAUUUGAGCCAGGAAUACUUUAAAAACUGGAUAAAUAGACUUCUUAGUGCUAUAAUGACACUUAGAGUGAGGUGAGUAAAGAAGAAGAAGCUGAUUUAGAAAAAUCUUAAUCCGAUUAUUACUUGAAUGAUAACUCCAAGCUAACUUAAUUAAACAACUCUUAGCUAGACAAAUCAAAUAUAGCUGAAAAGCAAAAGCUUAUUUAUGACAAGUUGGAUGCAAGAAAAAUUAGGGAUUUGCAAAUAAAAUUAAAAAUAAUUCCAAGAGAAAAAGAUAUAUUUGUCAAUAAUACAAAACUUUCUUUUAAACGUUAAUCUGAUCCUAAUGCAUUAAAUUUAUUUACAAAAAAUUAGAAUUAUAGACAAAAUACAUAAUUUACUUAAAGCUAUUAGAAUGAAAAUACAAAUGAAUACUAUAAGGGUCUAUUAUCAAACAAAUAAAAUUAUGCAUAUUAAUCAAAUAAAAAAUCUCUUAAAACAGACUCUAUGCAUGCAGCUUCAAUCUAAGAUGCAAUCAAGCAGCACUAGCUAACUAAACAAGAAACUAUGAUGAUGUAAGAUUAUGAUAAUGAUAACAAGCUCAUAGAAAAGAUUUUUACAUGCAAUAUGAAAUACAGUAGUAUGUACCAAACAAAUAAAUAAAAUGGCAACAUUUUCCUAACAUAAAUUAGUAGAGAUAAUAAAACAUCAAAUUCUUCUUCAUAAAUAUUAGAUAAGAAUGUAUUUUCUCAUAAAUAAAGCAUCACUAGUCUCAAUUUCAAUCCUUCUGAUAUUCCUUCUAUGAGAAAAUACCCUCAGAUGUUAAAUACAGUUUAUUCUUAUAAGCUCCCCACUCUUUCAGAAAGUAUCAGCAAAGAGAGUAUUAAAAAAUUCAUGAAUCAUUGA